GAAUUCAGGAAACCAUGCAUCAUGUCAGCAGGAACCAACUGCAGACUUUAAACUCUGUUCAACAUGUGGAUGCAGCAGAGAAAUGACCUGUCCAGACAAGCCAGGGCAGCUCAUAAACUGGUUCAUCUGCUCCCUGUGCGUCCCGCGGGUGCGUAAACUCUGGAGCAGCCGGCGCCCAAGGACCCGGAGGAACCUCCUGCUGGGCACUGCCUGCGCCAUCUACCUGGGCUUUCUGGUGAGCCAGGUGGGACGUGCCUCUCUCCAGCAAGGAAGGGCAGCAGAAAAGGGGCCACACCAGAGCCACGACACCGCCGAGGCACCCUUCCCUGAGAUACCCUUGGAUGGUACCCUGGCCCCUCCAGAGUCUCAGGGCAAUGGGACCACGCUGCAGCUCAAUGUGGUGUACAUUACCCUACGCUCCAAGCGCAGCAAGCCUGCCAAUAUCCGUGGCACCGUGAAACCCAAGCGCAGGAAGAAGUAUGCAGUGGCAUCGCCAGCCCUGGGACAGGAGGCUUUGGUCGGACCAUCCCUUCCGCCACAGGAUGGUUCAAGGGCAGCUGAUGCUGAAGUGCCUGGGUACGUCCAGGGGGCAAAUCUGGCCAAGGCUGGGGAAAGACCCUGGAGGCUGAUACGGGGCUCAGAAGUGCACGUUGCGGGCUCAGAUUUUCGGCGGCGCAAGACCCAGGAGAGCAACAUCAGGAUCUACAGUGAGAGCGCCCCCUCGUGGCUGAGCAAAGAAGACAUCCUCCGAAUGCGCCUGUUGGCGGAUGGUGCAGUGGCAGGUCUUCAGCCCGUGUCCUCCAAAAGCGGAGCGCGCUUGCUGGUGCUAGAGGGGAGCGCCGCUGGCUCUGUGCCCGGCUGUGGCCCCAGCCCCUGUGGACUACUCAAGCAGCCUUUGGACAUGAGCGAGGUGUUUGCCUUCCACCUGGACAGGAUCCUUGGGCUCAACAGGACCCUGCCGUCUGUGAGCAGGAAAUCAGAGUUCAUCCAAGAUGGCCGCCCAUGUCCUCUCAUUCUCUGGGACUCAUCUUUAUCUCCAACAAGUAAUGAGACCCACUCUUCUGUUAAGCUCACCUGGGGAACUUACCAACAGUCGUUGAAACAGAAGUGCUGGCAGAAUGGUCGAGUACCCAAGCCUGAAUGGGGUUGUACUGAAAUACAUCACCACGAGUGGUCCAAGCUAGCACUCUUUGAUUUUUUGUUACAGAUUUAUAAUCGCUUAGAUACAAAUUGCUGUGGAUUCCGACCUCGAAAGGAAGAUGCCUGUGUACAGAAUGGACUGAGGCCAAAAUGUGACCACCAAGAUUCUGUGGCUCUAGCACACGUUAUCCAGCGAAAGCAUGACCCAAGGCAUUUGGUCUUCAUAGACAACAAGGGUUUCUUUGACAGAAGCGAAGAUAACUUAAACUUCAAAUUGUUAGAAGGCAUCAAAGAGUUUCCCGAAUCUGCAGUUUCUGUUUUGAAGAGCCAGCACUUACGGCAGAAACUCCUUCAGUCCCUGUUUCUUGAUAAAGUUUAUUGGGAAAGUCAAGGAGGUAGACAAGGAAUUGAAAAGCUUAUUGAUGUCAUAGAGCAGAGAGCCAAAAUCCUUCUUACUUACAUCAAUGCACAUGGGGCCAAAGUAUUACCUAUGAAUGAAUGAAAGGAUCUUCUGGCUAGAAUACUAGAUAUAUUUAUGCAUUUUUUUGUUUUUGGUUUUAAAAUCAAGUACACAAACCUCAAGUCUUUUUAGGAAUGAGGCAGUGUAAAUGAAUAUAUAAAAUAAAUGAAUUUAACCAAGUGUAUAUGAUGGGUUUGAGCAUGAUAAGCAGACUUAAAACCUUUUAAAAAACAUACUCCUCAAAAAAUAUUUGUUCAUAUUUUUCUCUAACAUUGGAUCAUGUGAGUCUCAACAUCUGAUUAUACAGAAUGGUUGCAAUUAUUAUUCCAGCUAGCUUUGUUAAAACAUUUGUCAUGCCAUUUAACAGAACAGUGUAAACCAGAGGUGCUGACUCCUUCAGCAAAGCAUAUUUUAUGCCAUACUGACUGGUCUGACCAAGUUCUGAUGGGAAGAGUUCUUGACAUUCUUCAGUUGCUGAUUGUUAAAACAGAGCCAUCCCAAUAUGACCCAGAGGCAGUUCUGCAUUGGAAAACUGAGGCAUGUGAUCUGCAAAAACACCAGGGUAUACCAUAAUUCUGCAUAGAAAUGGUGGGUUAUUUACAAAAGCACCAGUAUAUAUUCUAUUGUAUCUAUAAAUGACUGGCCAUCUCUGUGAAUCUGAGAAGGAAGAAUCACAGUUUCCUCCUUUAUGUGUUAGGGAGUUUUGCUUUCUCAAUUUUGGUCCAGUUUAUGUCUAGUAGCUUAGACAUUAAACAAUUUUAAGGUAUAAGUUACCUAUUUGAAACUAUACUUAUAGAGUGCCUUUUUUUAAUGGAUGUUCUUUUAACAAAUUGUCAUUUUUACAAAGGAUAUGCUAUAAUUUUUGUAUAUUUUCUUAAUAAUAAUGGUUUUCUUCAGACUUCUUCUAAUUAUAUUUAAAUUGAUUUAAAUGAUAUUGCUCAGAUAUUGACAGUAGAACCAGAUAUUGAGUGCAUUUAAAUAUAUUGUUUAGCUUAUUCUAAUAUGAGAAAUAUGAACAAAAUAAAUUAAAACCUGACUCUUUUCAAUUCUCCUCAAUGAAAGCACAUGACUAGAACUAAAACAGUGAAUUUGGACAACAUUAAGCUUCAAAUAAUUUUCCCCAAACUCCCUCUGCCAACUUUUUUUUUUAAAGAUUUUAUUUAUUUAUUUGAGAGAGAGAAUGAGAGAGAGCACGAGAGGG